UUUAGUUGUCAAACACUUCUACACCUUUUGUGCCUUAACAUGCACAAAAUUGUAAUUUCCGGGAGUUGGCCUCUUCGGGUGGUGAGGAGUUGAAGAUGUUCUGCACGGAGAGCUGUGAGCACGGAUGCAAUGCAACCUCGUCGGGAAAGCUGAUCGCCAAUGGAAACGGAAGCGGAAACGGAAACGGAAAUGGCUUGCAACCGCAGGGAAACUCCCAGCAUCAGUUCACCAUGUCCUACGCUCCACUGUCGACCAACAACGCGUCCUCCAAGUCGGAAGUGGAGCCACCGCGCCUGGGCAUGUGCCUGGUCACCGAGUGUCCAGAGGGUCUGAGCAUUGACUGCAAUGUGCCACUGCCCAAUUCCUUCCAUUUGGAUGAAUACAAGAAUCAUAUGAUCUGCUCGAGCUGCACGCAGUUCAAUGGAGGCGGCGCCUUGGAUGGGUUCGGCCAGCCAGGAACAGCUAGUCCUAGUGCCCAUCCAUAUCCCACCUCAAUUCCAAAUCCCGUCCAGCCCUCUGCUUGCAGCUUUCAUGGCCAGUGCUGUCCAAACGGAGGACCCUGCGCUGUGUACGAUUCGCAGCCAAAACCAUGGAGAUCCCAUCGACAGGAUGGGCCACUAGCAGUGAUGCCGCAGAUCUUUGGCCUGGCACCACCCAGUUUUAAUGGUGGCUCCAGUCAGCCCGUUUAUUUGUGCAGCCUGAUGCCAGUUCCGCCAUCCUGGAACCUGGUUCCGCUGGCCCAACCGCAGCACUUGCCGCAGCAGCAGCUGCUGACGAAUCCCGCCCAGGACUCGCAGCUGCCGAUGCAGCAACUGGUGCAGUAUGACCUGUCCUUCAACCGCCUGCUGGCCGAAUUGCGAAAGGAACGGGAGAGGUCCUGUUGUGAGCUGCAGAUGCCUCAGCCUCUGGCCUUCCAGCUAUAUGCGCCCACGGUUCGGUUUCUAGAUCAGCCAGAUGCCGGUUCUGCGAAGAGAGAGCCUCCUUGUCCGCCGGCAGCUCCUUGCGCCCCCUCACCACCACAACCACCAUCUGCGUCCCCAGCCCCACCACCAGCCACAUCUGCCUCCGCCGCCGGGCUGCCCAGAGCGCGUUCGGCCAGUCCGAAGCGCAGUCGGUCCUGCCUCCGGAACAAGGAUCUGUGGGACAGUGGUGCGUCCAUACCAGCUCCUUCCCCCUGCUCCGCGGCCCCCCAGCACGUGACCGGCAACGUGUGCAUGAAGUGCGGAAACUGCUGGCACUGUCCGCGCUGCAACUGCUCCAACUGCUUCUGGCAUCCCGGCUUGGUGAGAAAUCCUCCAAGAGAUGGUCGGUAACGAAGGCAUUGAAUUAGGGCGGGGGCCAAAAGCCACACCCCGUAAAAGAAGAAAGUGUAAUAAAAUUCCAAGAC